GGUGGCGCCGGUGACGGCAGCGGCGGCGGCGGCGAGCGCGCCACCAAGAGCUCCGUGCGGAAGCCCAGGUGGCAGCGAGAGAACGAGCAGCUGCCCCCGCACCUCCGGCGCACGCCGCCGCAGCGCCCCGCCGCGCCGCCUGGCGCCGACGAGUGGAACCGCCUGGCGUGGGAGGCGUCCCAGGCUCGGCUGGUGCCCUGCGAGCGCUGCGGCCGCACCUUCGACCCCGACCGCCUGGCGGUGCACCAGCGCAGCUGCCGCGCGCCCGGCCCCGCCCGAAGUGCCGCCCCCGGCCCCGCCUCCGCCCGCCCGCUCCGGCAGCUGCAGCCGCGGCGCCUUUCACCGCGCUUGCCGCCCCUCGCGCGC